AUGUCGACAUCAGACGAUUCACAAGAAUCCUUUGAAGCCGAUCAAUCUAUUAUAUCCACCGGAUCAGACACACAGAAAUGGAUUCUCAUUCAAGAGAAAACGUUCUUUCGAUGGGCGAACAUGAAAUUAGAGGGUGGAGAAUACGAUAAGAUCGACUCAUUGGAUGAUUUAAUCUCUGGAAUAUCACUUCUAAAUCUCAUUAAUGUUCUCACGCAACAGAAAAUAACACCAGUGUACGUGAAACCAAAGACUAAGUUUCAGCAGAUCGAGAAUUUAACGCGUGCUCUGGAUUUCAUACGCAAUCAUGAGAAGUUACAUUUAUAUAACAUUGGUCCCGAGGAUAUAAUUGAUGGCAAUAUAAAACUCAUAUUGGGAUUGCUUUGGACUCUUAUUCUGAAAUAUUCAUUACAGGAUGGCAGUAAAACUGAUGAGAAAGCCGAUGAUUCAUCUGGAAAGAAAGAAAUUCUUUUACACUGGGCCCAAAUAGCCACAGCAGAGCACAAAGACGAGGUUAAAAUACAAAAUUUUACCACCUCGUGGACAGAUGGUCUUGCAUUUGCUGCAUUGCUAGAUAAAUAUAGGCCUGACUUGAUAAACUAUGACAAGGCCAAAUCAGACUUCCCUAAUGCAAAGGAUCUUACGGAGGAAGUGAUCAAGCAGGCGGAGACUGCCGGAAUAAACCGGCUUAUAGAUGCUGAAGAUUUUGUUAAUACGAAGCCGGACGAGAAAAGUAUAAUGGCAUAUGUCAGUAUAUGGUACGAGAAAUUUCAUGUUGGUGAGAUAUUAAAAUUGACUGAUCACAAUGUGAAGGAGCUGGAAAAGAAGAAGAGUCAGAUGGAUUUGACAAAGCAGAUUGCUGAUCUCGCUCAAGAAAAAGAGGAUAAGAAUGAAAUUAAAACCGCCAAGGAUGUACUUCGUGUUCGUUUAGAGACUUUUAUUGCCGUCGUGGGCAAUAUUGUGGCAAUGAAGAACAGGCUUUUGGCACGAAUGGAAAGCCUUAUCGUUAAGAUGGCUAACUGGAUGGCCCAACUCAGCUUUACCUCGGAUGAGUUUCGAAAUUUGGAAGAUGUGCUAAGAUUCAGAACAUUAGUAAUUCGAUAUCGGACAUCGGAGAAAAUGAAAAUAUUUAAGGAACUGAAUCUUUUGAUUUCGGAAAAGCUUAAAUUGAACAUGUGCUUGAGAGAUUACAAGUUACAAACGUUUGAGGAACCUCAAGAAAAAAGUAUUAAGAAGGCAGAGAAAUUGAUGAAGCAGCUCAACAGUUUUGAGAUUGAGGCACAGAAAUUUGUUCAUGAAUACAUAGAGAGUCAUACAGAUCAAAUGAGGGCUACGUUUCAUAAGAAUGCGUCAAGUAUUCAACUUGGCUUAAAUUUGAUCGAGAGUGAGCUUUCUGAGCCCCACACAAAUACUCAAGAGCAAUUAAACUGUCUCACCGAAGUUAUGAACGAUUUAAAGAGUCUCGAAUUGAUGACCCAAAGGUUGGAUACAUAUGAAGGAAAGAUAAAGUCUUUCUUUGCAAGAAUAGACAAGUCGUACGACAGUAUUGAUUCAGACCUUAAGAUAUCGAAGUUUAAAGCAAAGACGACCUUUUUCCACGAUAUGGUGGUCGAUAGAUUACAGUUUAUAGAUAGAGAAAUACAGAAGAAGGAGAAGGUGUUGCGAAUUUUGAAGAAGCCGCAUGCUAUGAAAGAAAAUGUUCCUCCUACUUUAAAGCAGAAAACAAUCUUGAAAGGGCAGGCGGUAGGAGACAAAAAGCAAAAUGCAGAAGGAGAGGAGGCAGAUCCAAAGGAAAUGGAUGGGCUUGCAUUAGAGAGAUAUGUUUUCAACAAAUUUGAUAGGGGUAAUAAGACAUACCUUAAUAAGGCAGAGUUCAAAGAGGCAUUUGGAUAUUUAUAUCCCAAGAUGGGGGAUUCUCAACUUGGAGAAUUAUUUGAAAUCAUUUACGAUUCAAGCCGCGAGAUUCUUAGAGGGGUCAGGUUUGAUGAUUUUGCAAAAGUAUUGAGAUCCACGGGUUACAAAGGUGAAGAAGAUGAUAAUGAAGAAGAACCAAGUGAUGACGAGUCAGAAUUGUCUUCAUCAAAUGCACCAAAUUCAGUGAAAGAUGAGGAGUUAGUGAAUAUGGCAGGCCAAUUCUAUUUGAAAACAUUUGAGGAGAGUUCCAGUUAUAAGGAAUAUAUAACAAUUACCGAUUUGAAGAAGUUGAACCUGGAUGAAAGACUACGGUCGAGGAUCAAUGAAAUAUUCGUCAGGACAGGGGAAGAAGAAGAAUCAUCUGAUAGUAAAUACAAUUAUCCUGAGUUUUUCAAACGGCCAGAAAAUUCAAUGCUAUACGAGGAUUCAAACAGUGCUUCCUCACCUGAUACUAAUCCUGUUGACUUGGAUAAUAUUCUCUCCGAAUUGCACGAUGCUUGA